GGCCAACUGCUAAACCACAACUCCCACCUUCCUUUGAAGAAGAUGAAACAAAUUCAACCGAAAAAGUUGUGAAAAUGCUGUCUAAAGCCGAAGAAUGUUUCGAGACGCAAAAAUAUAAAGAAUAUGUUGAAUUACUUGAGCAAGCAGUUCAACUUGGUUCAGCAAAAGCCGCAGCCAAGCUUGCUUUAGUUCAUCACACCGGUCUGAAGUCUGUUGUUUUACAAGACUAUGCUAUCGCUUGUUCCUACUAUUUCUGCGCUUUGAAAUUUUUAUACAUUAUGCCUUCUAAUCAAUGGGAAAUGGAAUUAUUAUUGAGCAUAAUCGCGGGCUUGUCUGAUAUCUAUAG